AUGCAGGCACAAGCAGCUGUGGGCCAAGCAGUGGGGGCGAUUGUCCUGGACAAAGAGCCCACCAUCAAGAUCCCACCACCAUCUGGAAUGCCCCAUUCACGGACCAGGGCUGCUCUAGUUGGUUCUCAAGUAACUCUGCUGAGCCAAAGUUUAUUCGAGAAACAUUUGAAAGGGGCAGGGGUUUCUAGUGCAGAAGAGGAGAGCCACCCGGGUUUGGCAGCUUUUAGGACUCUGCUACCAACGGUUGAAGGCCAGGUCUGGGCGCAGGCAUUUGCGGAGUGCCAGAGGGUGUCCAUGAAGAGUCCUGCACCAGCUUACCAGGGGGUUGCCAAGCUACCACGCCAAUCCCCCAUAACCAUUCCUCCCCUCUCUGAGAUGGUGUUAUGGCUGCAGGUGAGUGGGAAUCCUGCAGACCAAUCCAAUGUGUUUGUUGAACCUCUGCCUAAUAGUGAUUCAGAGUGGUGUGUGGGACGGACCCUGACGAGGCUCAACAGUGGCCGGGUCCCAUGUAGGGUAUGUAACCCUAACCCCUAUCCAGUGGAGGUGCCACAACGCCAACCCCUGGCUCAAGUAUCUGAAGUGGCUGCCUCAGACAUCAAAGGGGAGCAGGAACUGGUAUUGGACAGUGUGGCACCGGACAUUAUUGAAGUAACCGUAAGGCGUGUGAGGACUGACCUGACUGCAGAUGAAGAUGCUCACCCAGUUCUAUCUCUACAGGGGCAGGGCCUUGACCCGAGGGAACAACAGAGAAUGGCGGAGCUCUUGAAUAAAUGGAGGAGGGUGUUUUCAUGCCAUGACGAAGACUUUGGCCGAACGAGUGCAGUCCAACACCGAAUACCGACAGGCCCCGCCCACCCUAGCCGUGAGAGGUACAGACCCGUCCCCCCGAGCUUGUAUACAGAACUCCAAGUGUUGUUGAAAAACAUGUUGGAGACUCGAGUGGUGCGGGAGAGUGCCAGCCCAUGGGCAGCCCCCAUUGUUCUUGUGAAGAAGAAAGAUGGGAGCUGGAGGUUCUGCGUGGACUAUCGGAGGCUCAAUGCGGUUACCCAUAGAGACGCUUACCCAUUGCCACGCAUUGAAGAAUCUUUGACAGGGCUGAAGGCGGCAAAAUGGUAUUCUACGCUGGACCUCGCAAGUGGAUACUGGCAAGUGGAGAUGGAUCCGGCGGACCGGGAGAAAACCGCAUUUACCACACCCUUUGGCCUUUACGAGUUCGAACGCAUGCCUUUUGGGCUGUGUAAUGCCCCGGCCACUUUCCAACGACUGAUGCAGCGCUGCCUCGGAAAUUUUGAUAGCCACCUCCGCCAUCUCGAAGAAGUGUUCCAGCGGCUGGAUGAAUAUGGGCUGAAGCUACAACCCAGGAAGUGUAGCCUAUUCCAGCAGAAGGUGACUUACCUUGGCCAUGUAAUAAGUGCCACCGGAGUGUUGAGGACUAUCGCAGACCAGACUGAAAUCGGGCUGGAUAUGGGAGAGUGGAGAGAGCGACAAGCCAAAGACCCAGACCUGGCCCUGCUACGCCAAUGGAAAGGGCAACAGCAGACUCUACCAGAGGCAGGAGUCUACAACCCCAGAAGCGGCCGAACCACCGAGGGAAAUGUGUCAGCCCCCUCCGACAUGGUGGCUCCCAGGACUGGUCACUCGCACUCAGUCUUGCCUCCCAGAAUCAGCCAGGGCCCCAGUUCCAGCAAUUAUAAGGAGCCCAGAGCCUGCUACUCCACCUGA